CAGACGCGUGAUGGGCGUGUCUGCCGACUGUCAUGGCGCCCUCCACAGGUGAAACUUGACUUACCGCUACGUGUCAACCAAAUUUCCAACUUUACCAUUUAUUUGGUGUAAAGGGACAUUUAUAUCGGCAUUCAUCACGAUGGGGACUGUCCACGCACGGGCGUUGGACCCAAUGCCAAUGAAAGGUCCCGAACUUGGCGUCCAAGCAGAUGACAUCGACUUCCCCGAGGCUGAGACCGAGUCCACACAAGAGGUUCUCGAAAACAAAGACGUGGUUGUCCAAAGAAUACACAUAGACGGUCUGGGUCGCACUAAAGAAGAUGUUCUGACCUAUGAAAUUGCAGAUGUCUUCAAGGCCAAAAACUUGAUUGAUGUCAUGAAGAAGUCCCAUAUGGCCAGACAGAGACUUCUGCGGAUGGGAAUAUUCCGGAAAGUGGAGGUCGUCAUUGAUACAUCUCACGGUCCGGAUGCACUACCGAAUGGUCUGGAUGUGACAUUUGAAGUGAAGGAGCUGAGGCGGAUGACUGGGAGCUACAACACUAUGAUUGGGAACAAUGAAGGAAGUAUGGUGCUUGGUCUUAAACUACCAAAUGUUUUUGGGCGCGCAGAAAGGCUCACCUUCCAAUACUCCUAUGGCACGAAAGAGACGUCUUACGGCCUAUCCUUCUUCAAACCGCAGCCUGGACACUUUGAGAGGAAUGUGGCUAUCAACGCAUAUAAGGUCAUCGGCCAGUUCCCGUGGAGCUCUCUGAGGGAGACUGAUAGAGGCGUUUCAGCAGAAGUCAGCUUUCCUAUCUCGUGGACGAACCACACCCUGAAGUGGGAAGGAGUAUGGAGGGAACUGGGUUGCCUGGCGCGCACAGCCUCCUUUGCCGUCCGAGAGGAGAGCGGCCACUCGCUAAAAUCCUCUCUAGCGCAUGCCAUGGUCAUCGAUACACGGAACUCUCACAUCCUGCCGAAGGAGGGUGCCUUACUCAAAAUCAACCAGGAGCUGGCCGGCUACACAGGAGGAGAUGUCAGUUUCCUCAAGGAGGAUUUUGAAAUUCAGCUGAACAGACGACUUCCCUGGGACAUGAUCUUGUCCGGGUCCUUUUGGGGUGGAAUGCUGCUUCCUAUUGGAGAUAAACCCACCAGCAUUGCAGACAGAUUUUAUCUUGGAGGGCCAACGAGUGUGAGGGGUUUCAGUAUGUACAGCAUCGGACCACAGAGUGAGGGUACGUACAGCAGGAAGCCAGGUGACUAUCUGGGAGGAGAAGCGUUCUGGGCGGGAGGCGUCCACCUGUACACCCCCCUUCCCUUCCGGCCGGGCAGAGGAGGCUUUGGAGACCUGUUCCGCACGCACUUCUUCCUCAACGCAGGGAAUUUAUGCAACCUCAACUACGGUGAGGGUCCAAAGGCGCACCUGAAGAAGCUGGCUGAGUGUAUGCGCUGGUCGUAUGGAGCCGGCCUCGUCCUGCGUCUUGGGAACAUCGCCCGACUCGAGCUCAACUAUUGCAUUCCCAUGGGUGUACAGAGCGGGGACAGGAUAUGUGACGGUGUGCAGUUCGGAGCGGGCAUUCGAUUUCUUUGAGGAAGGACCACCUACCCCUACCAGUGGUCGUCUAGUCUUGCUCACAGAUAAUAGAAUGCCAAUUAAAAAAACAAUUAUGUCUUUGGCGGUUGGAUGUUUCUGAAAGGAUUUCAUCGCAAAUGAAUAUUACAUCGCUGAUCAAGCCUGGUAUAAUGACCUUUGUAAAAAGAGGAAAGAAAAAGACCCAGGUGGGGCUGCAAGAAGUUCUGUUCAGUCUUUGAAUAUUACUGCUGUUCUGAGUGUGUGAACCUCUAUACAGAAGAAAUAUCAGCCAUCUGUUUGCUUUUUGUUCAUCAUAUUUAUUUGUAAUACGAAUGUGUACACCAAUAAAUAAUCACCCCCUUUA